AUUAUCUUUUAUAUAAGGUUCUCAAUGAUAAGCAAUGAUAAUACUAGUUGUGAUAUUGAUUAUUACCAGUUGCUGUAUAGCAACUCUGUCUGUCAUCUCAUCAAACACCAAUAAUUCACAUGUAGGUGGAGACGACAGAUCGAUAUGAUAGUGAUGCUUUUAGAUAGUGCCUUAAUUGAUUGGUUUAACUUCGUUUAUUAAGUGUUUUGUUAUUUUUACACACUAGGGAAAGUAUUGUGAUGUGUUUUGUACUAUAAAAUAUCGCACACGUUUUCAACAAGCAAUUCAGUAAAGUAUUAAAGUUAAAAGGAUUAAUAUUGUAUGAUAAGAAUUGACCAGAUUUAAUAAUUUCGUCCAGUUCAUGGUCUAAAGCCUUGAUCUCUUAAUACAGUGACGGCACAAGAUUUCGGAAGUUACUUAGCUGACCUUCAGAUUAUAGAUUGAACUGUCGAUUUGUGAAUAUGAUGUUUAUAUGUAUCAGGAAGUAUGGCAUUUUUGCAUUUCACCACAUAUAAUUGUUAUCAACGAAGGAAAGCUUUGUCAAACUAGCAUGAGUCGAAAAUAUGAAUAUAAUUUCCAACCUAAUUCUGUAACGAGGUCCUCGUCGUAAAUGAUACUUUGUCGGAGAAGGAUCAAUCCAUUUCGUUUUUCUCUAAUUGCACUUUUUAUCGCAAUCAUUGGACUUCCCAUCUUAUAUUCAGUGGCCGUAUACAACGAACAUAUCAAUGCUUUCUUUCCAUUCAUCAGCUCUUUUGGAGUUUUCCCUCCAGAAAAGUAUGGCUUCUUCGUAAUGAUGACGACCUACUCAAUAUUCAAUACUGCGGGAAAUUGGUUCUGGUUUCAAAUAGUUAAAACUAAAAUAUCGAAUAUGUCGAAAUCAUUGAUCCCCCUUUUUAUCAACUCAAUCAUACGACUUCUGAUGACUAUAUCUGGGCUGUGUUUAACCGGUCUGUCCAUUUUCGAUAUGGAAGAAUAUAAUUGGCACCACUACCUGAUGACUGUUUGCAACUUCUUCUGUCAUGGCCUGUCAAUUACGUUGGGUGGUUGUUUGAUGUUGAAGUAUUUCGAAGACUCCCAUUGGUUCUGGUGUAUUCGGUUCACAAUGACCGUGGAAAUGAUCUUCAGUGCUAUAGCGUUUGUGUAUUUCAACUUUACUGGUCUUCCUCGGUUGGAUACACUAAACAUUUAUCGAAUGCUACCAACAGACGGUGGAUACUGGGAAUUCGUCUACUGUGCUAUGGCUGAAUGGGUUAUGGUCGCCACAUGUAUAGUAUACACGCUAGUCAUCGCACUCGAAACCAAUAAAUACGGAAAGUCUUUGAUGAGAACAGUUUCCAGAGACACCUCUACGGUUCAACUCUUGAGAAAUGUAUAAACUGUGUUAAAUUGAAAAGUGAUUUCUAAUUGUGUUCAGCAGACUUUUUGUGAACUAUCUAUAUAUCUUUCAGUCAAAGAAACAUUAUUUUCCAAAAGAGUCAUUCUUUCAGCCGGAAUCAGGAUGUCAGUGAUCAAAACUGGCUGAAUUCACUGUGAUGGAAAAGACACUAUGCAAAGCGUCCGAGGAAGAGAAGAUGCUUUCGAAUGGUGAAACACUGGUAGUGCUGUGAACGGUUUGUUUAUUUGCCUUACGGAGUGUGAGGUGGAAUUAACGACCAGAACACUAGUAACUUGAUUUUAUUGCCAUCAACCGAUCAACGUAACCAAGUCAAUACUGUUUACACGAAUCACUGCAUUCCUCUUCAUAGUGUUACAAACUUCCAUGAGUCACACAAGCUCAGAAACUGUGUUCUAAGGCUAUCAAACAUGGAUUAAACAUGAUGAAAUUCUCAGUAAUAUUGAACAGUAUGAAGUUGCUGUUU